AUGGCGCUAUCUAUGCUUUGGGAGCCUCGCUUCUACUCUUCGAAUUUGUGGUUUUGUACUGCAGCAUCUGCUUCCUCCGUGCUUCAUUACCAUGAUGUGCAUAACAACUCUUCCACGUCGUAUGUAGAACAAGCACAAUCUAACCACCCACACAUGGAGGAGUCGGACCUUCGCUUUCUGCAGGUGCAGAGAGCGGCCGUCGCCGACCCAGCACGAGCCUCCGAGUGGGCCGGCAAGAAACUCUGCUGGGUACCUCACGAAAAGGACGGAUUUGUCGCCGGAUCAAUAAAAAAAGAAACGAACGACGAGGUGAUCGUCGAGAUCUGCGAUACAGGAAAAACAGUUACGAUAAGUAAGGAUGACGUCCAGAAGGCGAACCCUCCAAAGUUCGACAAGGUCGAGGACAUGUCAGAACUGACUUAUCUGAAUGAGGCGUCUGUUCUUCACAAUCUCAAGGAGCGUUACUUUAGUUCUCUUAUUUAUACGUAUUCGGGUCUUUUCUGCGUGGUGAUUAAUCCAUACAAGCGCCUGCCAAUAUAUUCGGAAAGUUUGAUCGAGGAAUUCAAGGGUAAAAAGAGGCAUGAAAUGCCACCUCACAUCUUUGCCAUAGCCGAUUCAGCCUAUCGUUCCAUGCUACAAGAUCGCGAAGACCAAUCCAUUCUUUGCACUGGUGAGUCUGGAGCUGGCAAAACAGAAAAUACAAAGAAAGUCAUCCAGUAUCUGGCACAUGUCGCUGGUGCAACUCGAUCCAAAGGAGGACCGCAGGCACCUGCAACAUCCCCUGCAAAA